CCCGAGCGCACGUCCCGGCAUCACCCCCGUCGCCGCUCCGCUAAAGCCUCCACCACCUCCAUCGCCGCCGGCACAACAAACUCUUGGUGCCCUUGUGAUACUAUGUGCUUCUGAUCACGCUGACACCGGACGACUACUUUAAACGCAAGUCUGCCUACGCUAAUUCGGAAUUGUUAAGGGUAUCAGAUACAAGCACAAAUUGUUAUAAAAGUGUAUAAUGUGGUCGGGCGUGCGCCCACGGGGUGUGCGUAGAUUGUGUACUUAGUACUCGUGAGUGGUGGGAGGCGGGCGACAGCAUGCGGGUGUACUGCAUGGUGUUGGCGGCGCUGACGCUGCGCUCGGCGGCCGAGCCCGCGCCGCGCCGGUACGCGGCGGAGUGGCGCGGCGCGCGCGACCGAGAGCUGGCGCACGCGCGGCCACUGCACGACCUCUUUGACCCGGAGCCCGAAUCGGCGGCACCCGCGCCGGUGCACCAGGUCUCGCCGUCACUACCCGCUGGAGCUCUCCACAAAGAACGACGGCGCAACCGGGCCUGGUCUAAACGUGCUCCACGCCUCCCUUCGGAGAUCGCGAAUCAGAUGAUGCUACGAGCUUCGCGGUCAAGUCGACCUUAUGAUGUUCCCCAAAUUGAAUGUCCUCCGGCCGCAGACGGCAUGGAGCGCUUCGCGUGCCCCACGCCGGACCGGCAAGGCCGCUACCGGUGCAUCGACGAUCACGUCCUCUGUGAUGGCUUCAUCGACUGUCCCAACGGCGAGGACGAGGAUCGACAAGCCUGCAUGUUCUACAAGACGACCAAGGCGCACCUGGACGUGCUCGCAGACGCGCUGCUACGGUGGGCCCGUGGCCGCUAAGCCUUUCCCGGACCCUGACCCUAGUGCUCCAUACCCAACCACAUCUCCGACCUCAUCAUUAUUACCCUCGAUUGAAAAGCCAGAUGGGUUCUUAUGAAUAGUGAACGCUGCGAUUUAUUUUCCGAAGUUCUGGACGCGACCAGCCGAUUACUCGUAGACGAGUUGAAAUGAAAGUGAUGAAACAUAUCAAGUAGUGGUUCAGCCUAUGCCAAAACAUAACCACUUAAAGUGUAGUGUGUAAGGACUCCGAGCGUGAACGGAUGAGACUAUUCAGUAGGAGAUGCCCGAGAAGAGUGCAUCGGUUGGAACGAGGAAGUGUUGCUCUGGUUUCGUCCCAAGUCUCUCUGCAGCAAUUUUACUUUACCAUCGAUAUUUCGUACUUUCUAGCAUUUAUUAAACUAAAAUGUGAGACUGGUAGUCGACAUUGUUAGUCGGUAGGUCAUUAUAUUAUUAAAUAUAGAAUAGUUCUUCAUCUGACGAAACAUUUUUGUCGAUUUGUUGAUGUAUUUACCUUUUUACUCUGUUAUUAGUUGCAGCAUUCCACACUUUAUGAUGGUUGUAAUAUAGAUAAAAACUCUAAAUUGUAUAUAAUACGAAUACUAUUACUGAUUUAUGUAUUGAAUUCGUUUAAUCUCGCGGCCUACACGUAACGAAGGAAGUUUGUCUGAGCCACUAGUUGCGCCUUACGGCUCGCGACAGCUCUGCACAUUCCAAGUUUGUCAAAACGUUUAUGAUAACAAUGUCUCAGUAGACAUAAAUAAAUUUCAUCUCAAAUAAGGCAGCUACUGUAUAUUGGUAUGUAAAACGUUAGUUGUUAAGAUGGUGUUUUAUUCAUUACUUUUAAGUACAUAUAGUAAUUUAUCCAUGUUAUAUAUUUUUUAUUCUAUAUAUAUUAUACCAUUCCAUGUUGAUUUUUCAUUUGUUUGACUUUAGUGGCACAAGGUUUUCGACUGAAU